CUCCGCUCCUCACGGGCCUGACGCGCUUUAUCGAGGAACUGAGCUUUGGAUGACUGUGCUGUACCGAACAUUUUGCAACCUUCCACAAAGAUGAGAUCGGGGGAGGGAAAGGAAGGAGUUACCUGGAUGUUAGAAUACAUGCAACAAGUGUGUUUAGGGAGCUGGGAGUGAUAUGGACACAACCUAUAGCCCCAGGGCAGGUGUGCAUGGAAGGACAAUUCCCUGCAUCGCUCCAAGAGACCUGCUUUGGUUGGUUUGGACAGACUGUGUCCACCUUCAGACAGAGGAAAUGAGAUGUCCACAGAACACAGAGCAUGAGAUGGGGCGCCAAAGUACAACGCACACAAGGGCGCCAAAAGCACAAUGUGUCAGCAGCACAGUUAACAGAUGUCUUUGGCUGUACUCACCUACCCAAAUCACCCAGCAGCCACACAGAGACAAAUGUUGGACAAACCUCAAAACACAGAAAGGUGCAUCAUGGUUUUGGUCCACCUGCUGCAAGUGGAAGAGAUGUCAGGAGAAAGCGUGGUGAGCUCAGCAGUGCCGGCAGCUGCGACUCGCACCACCUCCUUCAAAGGGACCAGCCCGAGCUCCAAGUAUGUCAAACUGAAUAUUGGUGGAGCCCUCUACUACACCACAAUGCAGACCCUGACCAAGCAGGACACCAUGCUUAAGGCCAUGUUCAGCGGCCGCAUGGAGGUUCUCACGGACAGUGAAGGCUGGAUUCUGAUUGACCGCUGUGGCAAACACUUCGGGACAAUAUUAAAUUACCUGCGUGAUGGGGCCGUGCCUCUUCCCGAGAGCCGGAGAGAGAUUGAAGAGCUGCUGGCUGAGGCAAAGUAUUACCUGGUUCAGGGUCUGGUGGAUGAGUGCCAGGCAGCUCUACAGCAGAACAAAGAUGCAUACGAGCCAUUCUGCAAAGUGCCAGUCAUCACUUCUUCUAAGGAAGAGCAAAAACUUAUAGCAACAUCCAAUAAGCCAGCAGUAAAGUUGCUGUAUAACAGAAGUAAUAACAAAUAUUCCUACACCAGUAAUUCUGAUGACAACAUGCUGAAGAACAUCGAGCUGUUUGAUAAGCUGUCACUGCGGUUUAACGGGAGAGUCCUCUUUAUUAAGGAUGUGAUAGGAGAUGAGAUUUGCUGCUGGUCUUUCUAUGGACAGGGGCGUAAGAUUGCUGAGGUCUGCUGCACCUCCAUUGUCUAUGCUACUGAGAAGAAACAGACAAAGGUGGAGUUCCCAGAAGCCCGAAUUUAUGAAGAGACACUGAACAUUUUGCUUUACGAGGCUCAGGAUGGACGAGGACCUGACAAUGCGCUUCUGGAGGCUACAGGAGGGGCAGCGGGCCGCUCUCAUCACCUGGAUGAGGAUGAGGAGCGGGAGCGCAUUGAACGUGUGCGAAGGAUUCAUAUUAAGCGUCCAGAUGACAGGGCACAUCUUCAUCAGUGAGGAGUGACAGCUGCAGACUGCACAGCCCUCUUGGGAAAGCUGUGGCCUGGCCUGCUCCAUUAUUUACAGUUGAUGACCAGUCAAUUUAUUUAUGUUCAGUGAAGUCUACCAGACUA